UCGCGGUCACAACACUUGAAUUCACUCGCACGCACACCCCCGCUGGGUGUGUAUUAGCCAGCCUACUGUAGACAGGAGCACAGCGCAGCUCAGGACCUCUCACAUACAGAAAGGAAGACACGGAGAGGGAGAGAAGAAAGAAGAAGGAGGGAAGAAGAGGAAUGAUAUGUAGGCUGUUUCUGCAGCCCCUCAUAGCCCGUUCUGUUGAUUAGGUAGGAGGAGAGAAACAGCCAGGCACGGUCUGCCUCUAGCCUACCGACCGACAUCAGUGCUGAGCAUCUCUCUGAUCCCACAGACUCUGACCGCAUCGAAACCGGCGUUAAAAACAGCGCUGUGUUUAUCACAGGCUCCGCUGCUGCUGCUUCUCGCUUAUCUCGUUCCUUUUCGUUAAUUUACUAUCUGACUAACGUGCGUGUUUCUCUGGGUUGAAUCACGAACCAGCUCGCCGUCCGCCCGCGUUUACACGACGGCAUGUCCCUCGCUCUUUUACCGCAACAGAAAACUGUCUGUCUCUCUUACACGACCUGAACGACUGCAGAGGACGGCGAGACAGGGAGCGGCGGGAGCGGCUGCACCGGAUCACGUUUUGGGCUUUUAUCAACUAGCUAGCCUAUUUCUGGAGGACUGGAGCUGACUAACACUAGCUAACGGGUUGGAUAGCUAGCUAACUAGCUUAUUAGACGGCGCACUGUGCACCCCUGGUUGUCAACUUAGUCCAUUUGGAGGCAGACAGACUGCUAGUAGCAGCGGACAGUUUAUUAUUAGCUGGCUUAUAAUUAUUUUUAAUACUAUUAUAUAUUAUUAUUAUUUUAAUUCACUGGAGUUGACUGAACACUGUAAAACUGUGUGCUGCGGUUAUCUAGGUUAACUAUCUAGUUAGCUUGCUAGUUAACUAGUCUAUUUGAAGGCUAGCUAGCUGCACCGUCCGCAGACAGUGUUUUUUAGCUAGGUUAGUUAACUAUUGCUAUUUCUAAAUCACUGAUGGCUGCGUUUUCUUGACAGUGCAUAGAUUAGCUGGCUGGCUACCGCAGAAAGGAGUAUAUAUUUAUUUGUAUAUUUUAUUUAAGCUAUUCAUGUAUUGGCUUUUUCCUUCCUUUACUAAGUUAAAUAACCUAACUAGCUAGGUUAGCUAAAAUGUAACGCCCACUUUUAGUUUUUUAUUUUAACAGAAUUCUUUUUAUUAGAAUUCGUUUAUAAUAUUUAGCUAGUAAUUAGCUAGGACAAACCCAAAGGCCUUCUCGCUGUACCCCCGACCAAAAUGCCGGCUGGAAUGAAGCCACUGGAAAAGUUUCUGAAGAAGCAGACCAACGCGCUCACUCGCGCCGGGGGCUUCGGGGAAAAGGCGGCCGGCACCGGGGCGUCGCGCCGGAGGGCCAGCCUGUCCCGCGUGGUCCCGUUCUUUAGGGAGACCUCUCCUGAAGGUGGCCCGGCGCGGGACGUCUUCAGCCCCGAGACGGAGGAGGCACCGUGUUGGCCGUCCGCCGCCGCGGACAUCAGGAGCCCCUCGCUGUCCAGCGAUGAGCAGAGCUCCGAGGCGAGCCUGGACACCAGCUGGACGCCUCUGGCCGCGGACACGCCGGAGAACCUGGCGCUGGCGCUGCUGGACAGCGUGGCGGGCAAGCGAUACGGCAACUGCACUGAAAUACUGCUGGAUGACUUCAUGUUGACACACCCUAUCUUCCUGGCAUCUGACAAGUUCCAGCAGGUUCUACUUCAGCAGUUUGGGACGGAGGGGCGGCAGGGCGAGGGCUGGCCCAGUUGGGACGGGGUGGAGAGGAAGCAGGCCGUGCUGAGUGUGGCCUUCCGCUACCUGGACACCUACAGAGAGCUACUGCAGGAGGAGGGGGACAGGUCCAACAGUUUCCCUAAGGACCUGUAUCUGUGUGCUGUGCAAGAGCUCAGCCGCUUCCCUGAACUGGUGGAGGAUGUCCUCAAGCUGCAGCGCUGGACUGAGAUCCUUCAUAAUCCGGCGGAGGAGGACAAGGAGAGUCGGAAGAAGCAGGUGCGUCCACUCUUUCGCCAUUUCAGACGCAUCGACGCCUGCCUCCAGCCCCGAGAGGCCUUCCGAGGCUCAGACGAGAUCUUCUGCAGGGUGUACACGCCGGACCACUCCUACGUGACCAUCCGAAGCCGCCUGUCGUGCCGCGUGGGAGAGAUUUUAGCUCUGGUGCGGGAGAAGCUGCAGUACAGCGAGGACCAGCCCACGCAGCCUGCUAACCUUAUACUGGUGGCAGUCACUUCUUCUGGAGAGAAAGCCGUGUUCCGUCCCAGUGAUGAGGCCGUCUUCACCACCCUGGGCGUCAACACCCACCUGUUUGCCUGCGAACCCUCAGAGCUGGAGGCCCUGAUGCCUCUCCCUGAGGAGAUCCACUGGUCACCGGGGGACAGCAAACUGCACGACAUGAGUGCAGAAGAAGUGGCCAACCAGCUGGUGGUGUUCGACUGGGAGCUGUUCAGCUGUGUGCAUGAGGUGGAGUUUGUGUGUUACGUGUUCCAUGGGGAGCAGGCUCGCUGGCGCCCCCUCAACCUGGAGCUGGUACUACAGCGGUGUAGUGAGGUGCAGCACUGGAUCGCUACAGAGAUCCUGCAGUGCCAGUCACUGCCAAAGAGGGUGCAGCUGCUGCGCAAGUUCAUCAAGAUAGCAGCUCUGUGUAAGCAGCAGCAGGACCUGCUGUCUUUCCUUGCUGUCGUUCUGGGGCUGGACAACCCUGCAGUUAGCCGCCUGCGCCUUACUUGGGAGGGCUUGCCAGGAAAGUUCCGGAAGCAGUUCCAGCAGUUUGAGAGCAUUGCGGACCCCUCAAGGAACCACAAGUCAUACAGGGACCUGCUGGCCAGUCUGAGGGCCCCUCUCAUCCCAUUCACUCCACUGCUUCUCAAAGAUCUGACCUUCCUUCAUGAGAGCUGUAAGACCUUCCAUGGGGAGCUGGUUAAUUUUGAGAAGAUGCAUAAAGUGGCAGAGAUGGUGCGGAGUAUCAGGCGAUACAGGAGUACUCAGCUAGUCAUGGAAGCAGAGCCCUCCCCCUCUCACCUCCAGACGAAAGCUUACGUGCGGCAGCUGCAGGUCAUCGACAAUCAGAACCUGCUUUUCGAAAUGUCCUGCAAGCUGGAGCCCAAAGACAUGUAACAGGGCCAAUCAUCUCCUAUCUACCCCUUCUUAAACCUGCCCUCCUUAACAUAACCACCCCCCCUUUCCUCCCUGACCUGCACUUUGACCAAUCUGCAAGCUCCUUUCGCUCUGUCUCUGCUGCUCCGUCACAGCUGGACUGUUAGACUUGAGCUUUGCUCAGUAAGAGUGGAGGAAAAGCAGGAGCUCUUGCUGCUUUAGUCUGGACAUAUUCAGGAUGCUGUGAAACGUUCGGACAGAGCUGAAUGUUCUGGAGCUCGUUUUGUUCAUAUCUAAUAUUAUCUCACGCUCUGCUAAUAAUAAUUCUAUAACCCGUCUGCAAGGUUCCGCGGUGUUUCGUCAGUGAGCGUACGGUGUGAACAAAGCUAUCUUCGAGAGUUUCCUGAACAGUGACGGGCUUACAUCCGCCCGCAUGGACCUUCUUUCUUUCGCAUCUUUUGCUUUUUAUUCUGUUGGUGAGCUCUUGUCCAGUUUGCACUGCCAUCAGACUGAACCAAACGCAACAAGGAGGCGGAUCAGAUCAGCUGAUCGCAAGCCAAUCCCACCACUUGUUGUUCCUGCAUUUUCUCCAGAUGCUUCAGAGACAUGGACUGCGUCUUGACUUCAGCUCUUUUACCUCACACUAAAGACCCACUACAACAUGAGACAAUCUGACCUCUUGAACUUUUACCUUCCCCACGCCGUUUCCUACCUUCCAACCCAGCCAACACAGGCACUUACUGUACCACCCUUCAGCUCUGUAUUAAACAGACACUUUCUCAGCCAUGAAUUAAAAGUAUAAAUUAAGAGUCUCAAAGCCAAAGACCAGCUACUUCAUGCAGCGUUCUCUGUCAGACCCUCUGUCAGGCCCUGGACUUCUUGUCUUCUUUAAUUUGUGCACUAACAUUUAGAGAGUGCUGAAAUAAGUAAUUAAGUUAAACCCUCAAAACAGUGUAAACUCUGAUUUGUGUUCAUUUGUAGCCCUCUGCUUCUAGACCAAUGACUGUAGAAAAACAUGGACACUAUGGUUUUCUUCCAUUCUGUAGAAAUAAAACAAAAAGACCAGAGACCAUGUUUUUGGAGUGUACAGACAUGAUGAUAGCACAAUGAGAUGCCAUCACAAUGACCAAAUGACAUCACAGCACUCAAUGUGAUGUCAUAAGUCAUUAUAUAUUAUAUUAUAUUAUAUUAUAUUAUAUUAAUAUAUUAAAUAUAGUAGCAUGUAGAGAAGUAGACCAGAAGCAAUUGAUAGCUUGACUAUAACACAGCUAAUCCAUUUAUUGCAGACGGUCUGUUUCAGUCAAGGCUCAAGUGCAACAAGUGACACCAUUCGUAAGAUGAAAAAUAUUUCUGGGGGAAAAAAAAAAAAAUGUGUCAAUAGCACAGGGAAAACUAACUGUAGGAAAUAGACAUGAGAAAAUUUACAUGAGAAAAAUUAUAUAUAUAUAUGGUGAUGUACCUAUUCUAGUUAUACUGCAUCCAGCCAGAAGAGGCGCUAGACCUGUGGUGGCUUUGUUUUCUACAGUAAUUGUUAGAAGAAGUGUUUUAUAUGUUUUCAGGAUUACGCAGUUGCAGUCACUGUUUCAACACUUAUUUUGAACUCAUACAUGCCCUUAAUUGGUCUACUUUAAAUUAUUUUAAAAAUGAUUUUCUGGUUGAACAAUUAUUGUAACACAGAUUUUUAAUUUCUGACAUACUUAAAAUUGUAUUUUAUCAUGUCAUUUUCUCCCAGAUCCCUAACUAAGCCAUCAUAAGCUAUAUAAGGCAAAUCUGGUCUCAGGUGGCCACAGGGACAAACUGACUGCUGCUGUUCGUUGCUGCCCUGUUCGUGUGAGGUGGCUGGUCUUGGUUGCGACUCUCUCAGGAUUAGUUCCUGAGUCCGAGCUCUUUGCAGACGCUGAUCUGUGAAGCCUCAGUGUAUAUAUGCCCUGUAAAUAGCUAAAUAAAUAUGAAGACUCUAUUUUAUGUAUGAGCUAUGAGAUGGACACUCAAUGAGAAUAUUUGUUUUGUAAAUCUGAGGAAACAAAAUGUAUGUGUACAUUUUAAAAACUAAGAUUGAGACUGAGUCUAAUGUCCGCAUUGGGAAAAAAAACUGUACAGCGUAUCUUCUUGGUUUUGUUGCAUUGCAGUUUUGAUUCUGUUCCUAUCCGUAGUGGAUGAAUUGUAUAUAUAUCUUCUAGUUUUGUUGCAUUUCUUUGGUUGUUUUAUUUUCUAUAUGCGAUUGAUUGAAUUGUACAGCAUGUAUUUGGUUUAGUUGGAUUUUCUUGUUUUUAGUUUUUUUAAAAGCGGGUAAACUACGAUCUCUGGGUGUUGUUUUUGGUUUUUGUACAGAAGUCCGUGUUUACAGUGCGCUCCUCUGAAACUCAGACAUGUCCAGUGAGGCGGGAAGUGGGCGGAGCAGAGGGAGGCGCUGCUCUGCUGCUUCUCCACCUGAAACAAAAACGCAUCUAAAAUAAAGCCUCUUCUGAUGA